CUGUCGGGAUAGGUUGAACCGGUGGGCGCCAUAUUGGAGGAGCUGCAACUAUUGUUAUAAAUUCGUACUGGACUGUUGCUGGCUGUGUGUAUAUGUUUUCUUUAAAAUUGCCAGUUGGGCGAGUGAAAUAAAACAAAUCUCCAGGAGGUCAUGAAAGAAAUGUCAGCGUCCCGUACCAGUAUGCUUGGAGGACAGCAACCUCAGAAACACUAUGGAGUUACAUCCCCCAUCAGCUUGGCAUACCCUAAGGAAUCUGACAACAUGUACACCCAGAAACUCAUUGAGGCCAUGAAGCCUUUUGGAGUAUUUGAGGAUGAAGUUGAGCAGAAUCACAGGUUGGCAGUUCUGGGGAAGCUCAACUCAUUGGUCAGGGAAUGGAUUGCUGAGAUAAGUGAAGAAAAGGAUCUUCCACCUUCAGCAAUAGCAAAUGUGGGUGGUAACAUUUUUACGUUUGGUUCUUACAGACUUGGAGUUCACACCAAAGGAGCGGAUAUCGAUGCUCUGUGUGUGGCUCCCCGUCACGUGCAGAGGGAAGACUUCUUCCAGUCUUUCUUUGAAAAACUCAAAAAGCAUGAAGAGAUCAAGGACCUGAGGGCCGUUGAAGACGCUUUUGUACCAGUUAUUAAAUUUAAGUUUGAUGGGAUUGAGAUCGACCUCUUAUUCGCAAGGUUGGCUCUCCAAUGCAUCCCUGAAAAUCUGGACCUCCGUGGAGACUCUCACCUCAGGAACCUCGACAUCCGUUGUAUCCGCAGUCUGAACGGUUGCAGAGUUACUGACGAAAUCCUGUCUUUGGUGCCAAAUAAGGAGAACUUCAGGCUUACGCUGAGAGCUAUUAAACUGUGGGCCAAACGUCGUGGGAUUUACUCCAACAUGUUGGGGUUCCUGGGCGGCGUCUCCUGGGCCAUGCUGGUGGCCAGAACCUGCCAGCUGUACCCAAACGCCGUGGCCGCAACACUGGUGCACAAGUUCUUCCUCGUCUUUUCCAAGUGGUGA